AUGCUCUACACAACCAUUCUCCCCCUCACUCUCCUCACCGCCGUCCUCGCUUCCCCGGUACCCGUUCCUGCUUCCACCUCCCCAGUCUCCACCUGCUCCAGCCUCACCACCAAACUCGAUUAUUACCAAGGCUACCAAUCCCCAUCCCAAUGCGGCAUUAAUGUUUUCUCAGGAAACAUCACCGCUGGUGUUUGCGUCAAUAUCCUAACUCAAGGUAUCAUGCUUUUCCCGGCUGAUACGGCUUGCACCUAUAGUAUCUGGAAAGGAGUCACCGAUUGUAGUGGUGGUGUUACUCAGACUUUUGAUUUGGGAGUCGCGCAGCAGGGUGUGCAGAGUGUGGGAACUUGUGUUGGAACGGGCGUUAUGGAUGGAGGGAAAUUUUAUCAUGCUAGUGGAUUUUUGAGCUGUGGAUGCAACUAGGCACCUCUAUCUGGAUGAGUAUAGGAUUUGGAAGGCUGGGUCAUGACGGUGGAAGACGACAUGUGAUUUUAUGAAUCAUGAACGAAGGACUGAUUUCGAAUGCAUGAAAUUAUGGGAGUUGUUAAUGUUGCUUAUGGUUGAUGGGCGGAUUUUCGAUAUCUCCUUACGCUUACCUGGGAUGGAUUGAUGGAGUUACAACUAUAGACAAAAGUGAAUGCUAUGAAUGGAACUUCUUUGCUUGCUUUCAGCAUUCACAAUUAUUCCGUGGACCAAAUUGCCGUUAUCAUUUAUCUUUGUAUGUAAUCUUUUAGGGUCAAAUUAAGUUGAGUUUGCACACCGUCGCGUAUCUUUUUCUCGUGCUUUUCAUGAGUGCUCUAGAAUCUUCUACCUGUGGUGU